ACCCCAUCCUACCCCAGCACGGCUGGGCUCGGCACGGCCCGGGGCGGGGCGGGGCGGCCGGGGGGAGCGGCGCUGCGCGUCCCGCUAUAAGAGCAGCGGCAGCGGCUGCGCUCUGCAGUGCAUGGCAGAGCUAGUCCGCGUCCCCAGCCCGGUUCAUGUCCUCUCCCCGCCACCCCCCGCCCCUUGACCUUGAAUUUGGCACUCGGGACCGCCCUGGGAUGCGGCGGAGCGUGCAGGACCCUCGCCCGUAGGAAGGGGAGAGGAGGCCCCCUCCCGCUGUAGGAGCGCAAGAGGAUUUACGGAGCAUCUUUGCCCCUUUUGUUGAAGGGCAGGCAGGAUGAGCACCAGCACAGUUCCCUACCAGCAAAGCCCCUACACCCCCAGGAGUGGCUCCUCCGUCAUCCAGUGCUACCGCUGCGGGGACACCUGCAAGGGCGAGGUGGUGCGCGUGCAGAACAACCACUUCCACAUCCGCUGCUUCACCUGCCAAGUGUGUGGCUGUGACCUGGCCCAGUCUGGCUUCUUCUUUAAGAAUCAGGAGUACAUCUGCACCCAUGACUACCAGCAGCUCUAUGGCACCCGCUGCGACAGCUGUGGGGACUUCAUCACCGGAGAGGUCAUCUCGGCGCUGGGCAGGACCUACCACCCCAAGUGCUUCGUCUGCAGCACCUGCAGGAAGCCGUUCCCCAUUGGAGACAAGGUCACGUUCAGCGGGAAGGACUGUGUCUGCCAAAACUGCUCCCACACACUCAUCAGCACCAAACCCAUCAAGAUCCACGGACCCAGCCACUGCGCAGGCUGCAAGGAGGAGAUCAAGCAAGGUCAGUCCCUCCUGGCACUGGAGAAGCAGUGGCACGUCAGCUGCUUCAAGUGCCAAACAUGUGGGAUCAUCCUCACCGGGGAGUACAUCAGCAAGGACGGAGUCCCGUACUGCGAGUCUGACUACCAUGCCCAGUUCGGCAUCAAAUGCGAGACCUGUGACCGGUACAUCAGCGGCAGGGUCCUAGAGGCGGGAGGGAAGCACUACCACCCCACCUGCGCCAGGUGCGUGCGCUGCCACCAGAUGUUCACAGAAGGCGAGGAGAUGUACCUCACAGGCUCUGAAGUGUGGCACCCCAUCUGCAAACAGGCGGCCCGAGCAGAGAAGAAGCUGAAGCACAGAAGGACGUCAGAAACCUCCAUCUCGCCCCCUGGGUCUAGCAUCGGCUCCCCUAACAGAGUCAUCUGUGCUAAAGUGGAUAAUGAGAUCCUUAAUUACAAAGACCUGGCAGCUCUUCCCAAGAUUAAAGCCAUCUAUGAAGUGCAGCGUCCUGACCUCAUUUCAUAUGAGCCCUAUCACAGAUACACGUCGGAUGAGACGCUGGAGAGAUACAGCUAUGGGGAGUCCCUGGGGACCCUCUCCCCGUACUCGCAGGACAUCUAUGAGAGCUUUGACAUGAGGCAGAGGCGAGCCUCCAGCCCUGGCUACAUUGACUCGCCCACCUACAGCCGGCAGGGCAUGUCCCCCACCAUCCCGAGGUCCCCCCACCACUUCUACCGCUCAGGCACAGAAAGCGGGCGCAGCUCCCCCUACUAUAGCCAGUUAGAUGUGAGGUCUUCUACUCCAACCUCAUACCAAGCACCCAAGCAUUUCCACAUUCCAGCAGCCGGCGAGAGCAACAUCUACCGGAAACCUCCCAUCUACAAGCGACACGACGACAUCCCCACAGCCACCAAAAGCAAAACGAGUGAAGACAUUGCACAGUCGUCCAAGUACAGCCCUGCCUACUCCCCAGACCCCUACUACCACUCCGAGUCAGAGUACUGGUCCUUCCAAAGCUCCCCCAAAGCCCCCCGGGCCCGGAGGUUCUCAUCAGGAGGUGAAGAGGAUGGGUACGAGCGGGGCAUGCACAAGAUCCAGAGCGGCAUCGGCAGGCUGAUCCUGAGGGAGGAGAUGAAGGCUCGCUCCAACUCUUACACAGACCCCUGGACACCCCCUCACAGCUCGGCCAGCAGCAGAGAAGCCCUGCACACGGCUGGCUACGAGGGUUCCCUCAAUGGCUCCCCCCGGAUGCACUACCUGGCUGAUAGCGACCCCCUCAUUUCUAAGUCGGCCUCCCUCCCUGCCUACAGGAGAAAUGGGCUGCACAGGCCUCCCAGCGCGGAGCUUUUCCACUAUGACAGCACCAACGCCGUCAACUGGGGGAUGCGAGAGUACAAGAUAUACCCCUACGAGCUGCUUCUGGUGAAGACGAGGGGAAGGAACCAGCUGCCCAAAGAUGUGGACAGGACUCGGUUAGAGCGCCACCUCUCCCAGGAGGAGUUCUACCAGAUCUUUGGCAUGACCAUCGCUGAGUUCGACCGCCUGGCCCUCUGGAAGAGGAACGAGCUGAAGAAGCAGGCCCGGCUGUUUUAAAAGCAGUGCACUAUAAAUAUAUACAUACCUAUAAAUAUAUACAUAGAAAUAUCUCUAUAUUGCAGCUCUGUAUGAUUCUCAGUACUGUACGUGGCAGAGGCGCCCUCUGCACCUCUGAGAGUGAAUUGGAAUCUCACAGAUAAUUUUAUGCUCUUUGUCUCCUUUUCUUCUCGAACCUUGUUUCUGUAUUGAGCCUUGGGUUUUGUCAGGGGCUAAUUUCACGUGAGCCCCUUGGUGCCCAUCGCUGCUGCCCCUCGUGGUGAGGGGCGAUGCUCUGGGUACAUCUGCAGGAAGCCAGGGUCCCACCAGGGGCAGCCACAAGGGCACCUUCAGCCUCACCAUUUAGUCCCAGAAAUAGAAAUCCAGGACAUGGGACGGGAUGAGGAGGACCCCUGGGGAGCAGGGUGCACCCCCAUGGGUCAAAGUGCAGUCCCGAGCCCCAGUGCUUCCCCUGCUGUUGCCUUGCCCUGCAACCCCUGUAGUGCUACGGAGCCAGUUUCUCCUCCCAAAGUGCUGCAAUGACAGCUUCCAAGGCUGUCCCAAAACUAAACUCUUCUCAAAUGAAUAACCCAAGCUACCUACUGCCUUAUGCAGCUUGUUGCUGCUCUUCGGGUUUGGCCAGGGCCAGGAGAGCAGGGAGCGGGCAAGCUGCAGGGGUUGGGGCUGCUGUGCUUCCCAGUGGUGGCUGGGGUAUCAGCACCCAUGGGUUUUUGUUUUUUCUUACCAGUAGGGUAAUUUCCACACUAACAUCUUUUCUGGUGUGGGUCCCCCUGCUCUGGGAGCUUUGCGCUGGUGGGGACAGGAGCAAGGAGGGUAAAAUUGUGCUGGUAAUUGCUCCUGUUGGCAUUAGUGCAGCAGUAAGUGAACCAGUUGUAUUUAUGGUUUCACCCCCGUAAAUUGCAGCUCCCUAAAGCAAGCUCGGCUGUCUGGGACUGUGAGAAACUUCAUCUCCAACAGCACCUUCAGAGAUAAAGCCUGGAGGAGCCAGUGCUUCUGUUAAUUAAUAAUAAUAAUAAUAAUAAUAA